AUAGAAGAGGAUGCGCAUUUGCAAUCAAAAAAAAGAUUUUCAUCAUGAGUGAAUGUAUUCAUUAUAAGACAUCAAAAACUAUGGAAAAAAAAUCAAAUUCUUCAAAUGAUCGUCAAUCCUCUGAAUCAUCCUUGGAAUUGGCCGUAAUUCCGCCACGACCUCUCCCAAGGAUGAAAAGAAAUGCCGUAUCCGUAAUCCACAGAGAUUAUGAUCUCUUUUCUUUUGAUAAGAAAAAGAAUCAAAAAGAUCGAAUCAUAUUCUCAUUAUUAGGAGCAUUAGUUUUGAUUUUAUUGCUAUUCAUAAUUCAUUCAUUCAUACUCAAGCCAUUGAUUAUAUCUACAAACUCCGUGCCUGAUCGAUUUUCAGAUGAUUCCUGGAUUCACAUGGAUCAAAUUAUCAGAACAAGUGUCGAAUACAUUCGUCAUAAAGCUAAUACUUCAGAUGAUGAUGAACAUCUUAUUUUAAUGAGUUCCGAUCUUAAAUGGUUAAAACAUUUACAGUUAAAUUCCUUAAAUAUUUCAAAUUGUUAUCAACAAGAUGAUUCAUCAUUAUUUUAUCAUUAUUGUGUUGAUGAAUCUCAAUAUCCAAUUUUAUAUGAUGAAGAUUGUUGGCCACAUUCUAUUGAUCUGUAUCAACAAUUCAUAAUGAUUAAAAAUCAAACAAAUGUGACCUUAUCGGAUACAUCUAUUAUUGAUGGAUUUGUUCGGAUAUACCACCGUUUUUUGAAUAACAGUGAUGGACUAAAAUCGAUAAGAAAUAAACAAAUAUCAUUAGCAUUCUUGUAUGCGAAAAAAAUUGGACGUGAUUGCGAACAUCCAGAAGUAUGGCAGCAAAAUUUCAAUCUUUCAUUACCAUCCGGUCGAAAUGAGAAAGAGCUAUGGGAACUAUAUUGUUUACGGGGCAUUCGAUAUCCUAAUAUAGUAAGCAUCAAUAGUGGUAAAUAUUAUGUGCCUGAAUAUUAUCGGCAAUUGAUUGAGCGGGAUUCAGACGGGAAACGAUCACUGGAUUCGGAUGAGAGAUGGAUGUAUCAAUGGAUGACCGAAAAAUUCAUUCCACUUUAUCAAACAAAUUCGGUAUUACAAGAACGAUUUGAAAAUGAAUUGAAAAAUUCGAGAAUUUUUGCAAAGAAUAAUGGAUUAGAAUGUUGAAAAUGUAAUUUGUAUUAUUUAUUAAAAUGUAUUGUUUAAUUAA